ACCUCAUACUUCACCAUGUAAACAGUUCCUCGAAACAGUUCCUCCUACAAGUCCGUCUGUAACUACAAGCUGCCCUUUGUUUUAGUCACUUUUGAGACACCUGGUCGUGCUUUCCUUGUCGAGGUAUCCUGCUCAGGGACAUUUUUCAGCCUGAUAAAUCCGGUCCGUGUCUUUGGACCGCAGCCCGCCCGAGGCUGACCGCCCACUCCGCCUCUUUAAAAGCCAUUUUCCCGCGACAUCUGAUAUAUCGACGGGAAGCUGGACGAGGCCGCGCUCCGGCGCUUUGGUUAGGCAGGAAAAGGCAGAAGCUCUGCGUUUCACACGAAUUUCUGACGAAGAAAAGUAACCAUUCCAGAAUGAGCCGGAAGGAUCCUGACCCUUACAUCUUCACAUCUGAUUCAUUGCCACUUGAUGAACGCUUCCUGCCCCCGCUGGCUAAUGGGCUCUUGGGCUGGAGGGUCUUCAAUGGCAUCAUGCACAUGGGAGGGGUCUACAAUGGGCAGCUAGGGCAGUGUCAUCGCGCAGACAUUCCUUGCCCCCUGGCUGCUACCCUUCACCUGAAGGAGCCUAGUGAACACACAUUCACCCUGGAUACCCGCAAAGGUGUGUUCACUCACUCAGUGCGGACGGCCCAUGUGUCGGUCACACAGUCCCUCUAUGCCCACCGAUACCACCCCCACAUGCUGGUGAUGGAGGUGCUUAUGGAGCGUCUAGACACCACACAGGAGCCCCUCACAUUGGAGCUGGACAACUCCUUCACGCCCCAUAGCAACGACAUCACUUUCCAGGCCGAACCCGAUUAUAAGGGUGGGAGGUGCAUCAAAGGAAACACCCUUACACCCGAGGUCUCAGGGGGGGCACUCUUCAGUGUGCACCUCAUCUGGACUCCUGUGCCGGGCACCCUGACCCUGCUGUCUAGUCAAACCCAGUCCCGCUGGGUUUUCUUCACCGUCGUGGCAGAUAGCACCGGGAGCGCCAAGGCAUUUUUCGACACUGGCCUACAGCUGAUUGCAGAAGGGGAUCUCUUCCCCUCUCACUGCCGGGCCUGGGCGGAGCUCUGGGCAGGAUGUGGGGUGGAGAUAUCGGGCCCUGCCGCUAUGAGCCGUGCUCUGGUUGGCUGCCUGUUCUACCUGCUUAGCGCCUUUCCCUUCCUACGUGAUGCUCCCCCCGAGUUUGGGGGAGUGAGUCCUGGGGGGCUGUCCAAUGGAAGAGAGGGACAGGACUACUGGGGUCAUGUAUUCUGGGACGAGGACACUUGGAUGUACCCCAACAUCGCUCUAUUCUACCCACCUUUGGCGAAGGCUGUGUUGGAAUAUCGAGUGCGAACAUUAGAGGGCGCCAAAGAAAAUGCAAAGCAGCAAGGCUACAAGGGGUUGAAGUUCCCAUGGGAGAGUGCGGUCACCGGAAGGGAGGUUUGUCCCGAGGACAUCUAUGGCGAACAAGAGAUCCACAUUAAUGGGGAUGUCAUCUUGGCCUUCCAGAUGUACCUUCACCUCACGCAGGACCUGGCCAUGUUCCAGGAAGGCCAGGGCAGUGAAGUGGUUUGGGGCAUUGCUGAUUACUGGGUCUCCCGGGUAACCUGGAGUGCGGAAGAGAACUGCUACUACAUCAACGGGGUCAUGCCUCCUGACGAAUACUACCGCAAUGUUGACAACUCCGUCUACACAAACACUGUGGCCAAGCUCAGCCUCCAGUUUGCAGUGGACCUGGCCGGCCAGAUUGGGUACCCUGCCCCACCAGAGUGGAAGUGCAUUGCUGACACCCUUAAAAUCCCUUUUGACUCAGAAGCCAAGUACCAUCCAGAAUUUGAUGGCUACAAAAAGGGAAGCCCUGUAAAGCAGGCAGAUGUGGUGCUGCUAGGCUAUCCUUUGGGUCUACCCAUGACUCCCGAGGUUCGGAGGAAUGACCUGGACGUAUAUGAACCUGUGACAGACCCCAAUGGCCCAGCAAUGACAUGGAGCAUGUUUGCUGUGGGCUGGUUGGAGCUGGGUGAGGCAAAGAAGGCACAGGAACAGCUCAGUAAAUGCUUCAGCAACAUCCAGGAACCUUUUCAGGUGUGGAGCGAAUGUGCCGAUGGAUCUGGAGCAGUCAACUUCCUUACCGGAAUGGGAGGCUUCCUGCAGACGGUACUAUUUGGAUAUACAGGCUUCAGGGUGCGGGAAAAAAGUCUCUACUUUUCCCCCUUGCUUCCUGAUGGCAUCACUGAGCUCCGUGUCCGUGGAGUGAGUUACCUAGGUAACAAGAUGGACUGGGAGAUAAAGUCACAGGAAGUGUGUGUGACUGUAAGGGAAGGCAACAAGACCUCAGGAAAAGCUGAAUGCUGCCCUCUGGAAGUUGUACUGAAAACUUCAGGGAGAAAAAUCCCAUUGAAACCAGGACAGGCAGUGAUAAUCCCUUGUCAGCCUGGGGAGAUACAAAAGCAACAAUAAUCUGCUGCUGACAUUUGUAAAACCACCCCACGACGUCCACAAAAAUAUCGGACCAGAAAAGAUUUGCCUUAAAAUGCUGCCUUAAGAAGGACUGCAAGUUUUGCAGGGAUAGUAAACUACUUUCACGAUAUUGAAAUUUAAGGAAUUCACUCUACCCUUUUCUUCAGUGUGAAGUUGAUUUAGAAGUUACUUCAGGUCAUUCUAUGUCUCACAAAAUCACAAAAACUUGUUUUGCUUCAUGGUUGAAUCCUGUACGUUAUGGAGAAUCUGUGAAUACUUUCUGUAAACAAAUUAUACAUGCACAGCUGAGAGAACUGAAUAAAACUGAUUACGUAAGACUGAGUUAUAAAAUACAUAUUGGUAGUUGGUAGACUUUGCCCAAAAAUGAGAAAUAUACCUUUGAGCGCAAGAUUCUGAAAAAUAAUUAAUAUAUCACCAUAAUUGUUACUGUUUAAGAUUACAAUGUUAGCAAAACUAAUCAUGUUCUUUAUAAUGUACUAAACAUGCAAUUAUUACUUUUUAAAAACUUGAAUAAAAAAAUAUACUCAUUAUCCUAAAA